AUGAGCCGCUCCCAGGUCUCCUCCUCUGAGCGCCACCACAUCAUUUCCACGGCCUUCAAGGGGCCGGCGCAGGAGGGGCCGGGCCCGGCGUCGCCCCCCUUCGGCGAGCGGGAGGACGAGGAGGAGGAGGACCUGAGCCAGGCGCUGCGCGUGGAGCGCUUCGAGCACAUCCUGCAGGACUCGCACUCGCGCCCCGUCGAGGAGGCCGGCCGCAGCUACAGCGAGGAGGACUUUGAAUAUCACCGCCAGUCCUCCCACCACAUCCACCACCCGCUCUCCGCUCACCUGCCCGCCGAUGCCCGGCGGAAAAAGGGGGUGACCAAGAAGGGCAAGAAGCCGCCGCAGCGCAGAGCCUCCCUGCCGCCGGGGGAGACGCCCACCAUCGAAGAAGAGGCCGAGGACGACGAGGAGGAGGAGGAGGAGGAGGAGGAGGAGGAAGGGGAGGAGGCGGCCAGCGACCCCCAGGCGGAGCAACAGGCGCCGCUGCCGGAGGAGAGCCCAGGCGUGCAGUUCUUCCUGCAGGAGGAGGAUGCCGCAGACCGCCAGACAGAGGGGCCCGCCACCCCAACCUUGCCCCUGCGCUCCCCUAGUCACCCGGGGGGCUCCCCCACUGCCAGGAGGGCAAAGAUGGGCAGCUCGGAGCGGGAGGAGCGCAGCGGCAUGGAGGGGCCCAGCAUGGCGGAGGGGGGCUCUCCAGGGCGCCUCUUGUGCAAGUCUCAGCCCGGGCACCGAAGCUAUAACCUGAACGAGCGCAGGUGCAUUGGCAGCAUGACUGGCGUGGAGCAGGCUCGCUACCAGAAGGUGCCCACGGACGAGUCGGAGGCCCAGACCCUGGCCUCGGCUGACCUGGACUACAUGAAGAGCCACCGGUUUGAGGACGUCCCUGGAGUGCGGAGGCACCUGUUCCGGAAGAGCACCAAGGGGCAGGUGGUGCACCUGGGCAAGGACCACAAAGAGCCCAGCGCACGGCAGCGCAAGCAUGACCGGAAGCCCCAUGAGGUGUUCGUGGAGCUGAACGAGCUGAUUGUGGACAAGAACCAAGAGAUGCAGUGGAAGGAGACGGCGCGCUGGAUCAAGUUUGAGGAGGAUGUGGAGGAGGAGACGGACCGCUGGGGCAAGCCGCACGUGGCCUCGCUCUCCUUCCGCAGCUUGCUGGAGCUGCGCAGAACCCUGUCGCAUGGAGCUGUCCUUCUCGACCUGGACCAGAAGACGCUGCCGGGGGUGGCGCACCAGGUGGUGGAGCAGAUGAUCAUUUCCGACCAGAUCCGCGCUGAGGAUCGUGCCAACGUGCUUCGAGCCCUGCUUCUCAAGCACAGCCAUCCCUCGGAUGAGAAGGAAUUCUCCUUUCCCCGCAACAUCUCAGCCGGCUCCCUGGGCUCGCUGCUGGGCCACCAUCACAGUGCCAACCACGUGGGAGAGGGCCCUGAGCCAGCGGUCACUGACCCCCUCAUAGGGGGCCACUCUGGAGAACACGAGACCCGGGUGGACAUCGACAGGGAGAGGGAGGUCUUGUCCCCCACGCACCCGGGCAGCAUCACCAGGUCCAAGUCGAAGCAUGAGCUGAAGCUGCUGGAGAAGAUCCCGGACAAUGCUGAGGCCACUGUGGUGCUUGUGGGUUGUGUGGAGUUCCUGGACCAGCCGACCAUGGCGUUUGUGCGGCUGCAGGAGGCCGCGCAGCUGGACGCCGUGCUGGAGGUGCCCAUCCCGGUGCGUUUCCUCUUUGUGCUGCUGGGCCCCAGCAGCACCAACAUGGACUACCAUGAGAUCGGCCGCUCCAUCUCCACCCUCAUGUCUGACAAGCAAUUUCACGAGGCUGCUUAUCUGGCUGACGACCGGCAUGACCUCCUCAACGCCAUCAACGAGUUCCUGGACUGCAGUGUGGUCCUGCCACCUUCCGAGGUGCAGGGCGAGGAGCUCCUCCGGAGCGUGGCCCACUUCCAGCGCGAGAUGCUGCGGCGGAGGGAGGAGCAGGAGCGGCGUUGGCUCCUCGGGCUGCCUGCAGAGCCCAAGUCCCCAGAGGAGAAAGCGCUGCUGAAGCUGAAGGUGGUGGAGGAGGAAGAGGACGACCCUCUCCGGCGCACAGGCCGCCCCUUUGGGGGCCUCAUCCGGGACGUCCGGCGCCGCUACCCCAAGUACCUGAGCGACUUCCGGGACGCCCUGGACCCGCAAUGCCUGGCUGCCAUGAUCUUCAUCUACUUUGCUGCACUCUCCCCGGCCAUCACCUUCGGAGGGCUGCUGGGCGAGAAGACCCAGGGGCUGAUCGGGGUCUCGGAGCUGAUCAUCUCCACCUCUGUGCAGGGCAUCCUCUUCUGCUUGCUGGGGGCUCAGCCCCUCCUCAUCAUCGGCUUCUCGGGGCCCCUGCUCGUGUUUGAGGAGGCCUUUUUCACAUUCUGCAGCUCGCACCACUUGGACUACCUAGUGGGCCGCGUCUGGAUCGGCUUCUGGCUCAUCCUCAUCGUGCUGGUCAUGGUGGCCUCCGAGGGCAGCUUCCUGGUGCGCUUCGUCUCCCGCUUCACCCAGGAGAUCUUUGCCUUCCUCAUCUCCCUCAUCUUCAUCUACGAAACCUUUUCCAAGUUGAUCAAGAUCUUCCAAGAACACCCCCUCCACGGCUGCAGCAAGGCCAACAGCACCGAGGCAGGAGGCCAGGAGGAGGACAGCCCCGUGGUCGUGGGGAACGUGACCGCCAGCCGAGCCGCCUCCCAAGUGACCGGGCAACCCAACACGGCGCUGCUCUCCCUCGUCCUCAUGGCCGGCACCUUCUUCAUUGCUUUCUUCCUGCGCAAGUUCAAGAACAGCCGCUUCUUCCCGGGACGGGUUCGCCGGGUGAUUGGCGACUUUGGGGUCCCGAUUGCCAUCCUCAUCAUGGUCUUGGUGGACUACAGCAUCCAGGACACGUACACACAGAAGCUUUCGGUGCCCCGCGGCUUCUCCGUCACAGACCCCGAACAGCGGAGCUGGGUGAUCAACCCCCUCGGGGGGAAGGACCCCUUUCCCAUCUGGAUGAUGGUCGCCAGCGCCCUCCCCGCGGUCCUGGUCUUCAUCCUCAUUUUCAUGGAGACCCAGAUCACCACGCUGAUCAUCAGCAAGAAGGAGCGCAAGUUGCAGAAGGGCUCCGGCUUCCACCUGGACCUCCUGCUGAUCGUGGCCAUGGGGGGGUUCUGCGCCCUCUUUGGGCUUCCCUGGCUGGCAGCAGCCACGGUGCGGUCCGUCACUCACGCCAACGCCCUGACCGUCAUGAGCAAGUCCGUGGCCCCCGGGGACAAGCCCAAGAUCCAGGAGGUGAAGGAGCAGCGCGUCACGGGCCUGCUGGUGGCCAUUCUCGUGGGCUUGUCCAUUGUGAUCGGGGACCUGCUGCGCAAGAUCCCGCUGGCCGUGCUCUUUGGGAUCUUCCUCUACAUGGGCGUCACCUCCCUGAACGGGAUCCAGUUCUACGAGCGCCUCCACUUACUGCUCAUGCCCCCCAAGCACCACCCUGACAUGCCCUACGUCAAGAAGGUGCGGACGCUGCGGAUGCACCUCUUCACGGGCCUGCAGCUGGCGUGCUUAGCGGUGCUGUGGGCCGUCAUGUCCACAGUGGCCUCCCUGGCCUUCCCCUUCAUCCUCAUCCUCACGGUGCCCCUGCGCAUGUGCCUGCUCAGCCGCAUCUUCACAGAGCGAGAAAUGAAAUGUCUGGAUGCAGAUGAGGCGGAGCCAAUACUGGACGAGAGAGAAGGCGUGGAUGAAUACAAUGAGAUGCCCAUGCCGGUGUGAGGAGGAGGAGGAGGGGC